AUGAAUUUUACGAAAAACAACAAGCACUAUCCAACAGAUAAGAAGCGCAAUGAAGGGCAGCCUACAGGAUGGGAUAUCGCAGUUGACGGCGCUUUAGAUUCUAGAGAAUUUAGCGCAGAAAUGUGCAAGGUGCUGGCUAUGGGUUCGAAAAUGAAACUCUGUAUCCACACGGAAAUGGUGCACCGCUCCGACAGGCCACCCUCUACCUACGCCCUUUAUGCAAAGUUGUCGUAUUUGCAUCGUAACGCACUUCGCAACGCCGAGAUCGCUGGGGAAAGAGUGGUGAAGCGGAGCACCAUUGUGCAUCGUAAAUUCAAAGAUAGGCCUAUUCGAGAAAACACCAGUGGAGCACGGACACAAGACGAUACAGGCCAAGAGAAAAAGGAAGAUGUAGAAGAUAUUGAAGACAUGGAAAUGACCUGA